CUUUGUAACCGGAGAAGAUGAAGGUGAUCGAUAAGAUCAAGUCAUGGACCGAUGAAGGUAAAACAACGUUCUCCUUCGAGUUCUUCCCACCGAGGACGGAGGAUGGAGUCGACAAUCUCUUCGAGCGUAUGGAUCGUCUCGUCGCUUACGGUCCUGCCUUCUGCGACAUCACGUGGGGAGCUGGUGGAUCUACGGCAGAUCUCACGCUCGACAUUGUCUCGAGGAUGCAGAACGUUGUCUGCGUCGAGAGUAUGAUGCAUCUCACGUGCACAAACAUGCCGGUGGAGAAGAUCGAUCAUGCGCUUGAGACGAUAAGAUCUAAUGGGAUUCAGAACGUUCUUGCGCUUAGAGGUGAUCCUCCUCAUGGUGAGAACAAGUUUGUUCAGGUUGAAGGAGGGUUUGGUUGCGCUUUGGAUCUUGUGAAUCAUAUUAGGAGCAAGUAUGGUGAUUACUUUGGUGUCGCCGUUGCUGGUUACCCUGAGGCUCAUCCUGAUGUCAUUGGUGAAAAUGGCCUAGCUUCAAAGGAAGCUUACCAGAGUGAUCUUGAGUACCUUAAGAAGAAGGUUGAUGCUGGAGCUGAUCUAAUCGUUACUCAGCUUUUCUUUGACACUGAUAUGUUACUCAAAUUUGUGAAUGACUGUCGGCAAAUUGGUAUCAAAUGCCCCAUUGUUCCUGGAAUCAUGCCUAUUAAUAACUACAAAGGGUUCUUGCGUAUGAUUGGUUUUUGCAAGACCAAGAUACCAGCUGAGGUCAUGGCUGCCUUGGAGCCCAUCCAGGAUAAUGAAGAAGCUGUGAAAGCCUAUGGUAUUCACCUUGGAACAGAGAUGUGUAAAAAGAUCUUGGCUCAUGGGAUUAAGUCUCUUCAUCUCUACACAUUGAACAUGGAGAAAUCAGCUCUUUCAAUAUUGAUGAAUCUUGGUAUGAUUGAAGAGUCAAAAAUCUCUCGUUCUUUACCAUGGAGACGUCCUGCUAAUGUUUUCCGUAUUAAGGAAGAUGUGCGUCCUAUUUUCUGGGCAAACCGUCCAAAGAGUUACAUUUCAAGAACCAAGGCCUGGGAAAACUUCCCCCAAGGCCGGUGGGGUGAUUCACGCAGUGCCUCAUAUGGUGCACUCACUGAUCACCAGUUCUCACGUCCACGAGCACGUGACAAGAAGCUUCAACAAGAAUGGGUUGUCCCAUUGAAAAGCGUUGAAGAUAUUCAUGAGAAAUUCACGGAGCUCUGUCUUGGAAACUUAAAGAGCAGUCCAUGGUCUGAACUGGAUGGACUCCAGCCAGAGACAAAGAUCAUAAACGAGCAGCUGGUGAAAGUAAACUCCAAAGGCUUCUUGACCAUCAAUAGCCAACCAUCAGUCAAUGCUGAGAGAUCAGAUUCUUCAACCGUUGGAUGGGGUGGUCCUGGUGGAUAUGUAUACCAAAAAGCUUAUCUAGAGUUCUUCUGUUCAAAGGACAAGUUAGAUGCACUUGUUGAGAUAUGCAAAGCUUUGCCAUCCAUAACUUACAUAGCUAUGAACAAAGGUGAAACUUGGGUGUCAAACACUUCACAAUCUGAUGUGAAUGCUGUUACUUGGGGUGUUUUCCCGGCUAAGGAGAUUAUUCAACCAACCAUUGUUGAUCCUUCUAGCUUCAAUGUCUGGAAAGAUGAAGCGUUUGAGACUUGGUCAAGAAACUGGGCUAACUUGUACCCUGAAGCAGCUGACCCUUCUAGAAACUUGCUUGAGGAGGUCAAGAACAGCUACUAUUUGGUAAGUUUGGUAGAGAAUGACUACAUAAAUGGUAACAUAUUCAAAGUCUUUUCUGAUCUUUGAGUUUUGGUAGAGAAACAUAUUCUGUUUCUUACUACUUUCAAGUUUUGCUUUGUAAUUUCUCUACAAUAUUUGGUUUCAUUAUCAUAUUGAUUUGCUAAUAAAGUUAUUGAUAAAAAAAAAGCAUCAGUUUCAUUUAAUCAUAAAGAUCCAGAAGU